AUGUUCCAGGAUCCCAGGAUUCCCAACAACUCAAAGUUCCAGGUCUCUGAGUUCAUUCUGAUGGGAUUCCCGGGCAUUCACAGCUGGCAGCACUGGCUCUCCCUGCCCUUGGCUCUGCUCUACCUCUUAGCACUUGGUGCCAACAUCCUCAUCAUGAUCACCAUCAAACAAGAGGCAUCCCUGCAUCAGCCUAUGUACCAAUUCCUGGGCAUCCUGGCUGUGGUGGAUGUGGGUCUGGCUACCACCAUCAUGCCAAAGAUUUUGGCCAUCUUAUGGUUCGAUGCUAAGGCCAUCCGUCUCCCUGAGUGCUUUGCUCAGAUGUAUGCCAUCCAUAGUUUUGUGGCCAUGGAAUCAGGUAUGUUUGUCUGCAUGGCUAUAGAUAGAUAUAUAGCCAUUUGCCAACCAUUGAGAUAUCCAUCAAUAAUUACUGCACCUUUUGUGAUCAAAGCAACUGUGCUCAUGGCAUUCAGAAACUUUCUGGCUCCUAUCCCAGUGCCUGUUCUUGCUGCUCAGAGAAAUUACUGCUCUAGGAACCAGAUAGAGCACUGUCUUUGCUCUAACCUUGGAGUCACUAGCCUAUCUUGUGAUGACAGGAAUAUCAACAGUAUCAACCAGCUAGUUCUGGCUUGGAUAGUCAUGGGAAGUGAUCUUGGUUUGAUUGUUUUAUCAUAUGCUUUGAUUCUUCAUUCUGUCCUGAAGCUCAACUCAGUAGCAGCUGCAUCCAAAGCCUUAAACACCUGCACAUCCCACUUUAUUUUAAUCCUUUUUUUCUACACAGUCAUCAUUGUCAUCUCCAUCACUCACAGUGCAGGCAUAGGAGUUCCCCUCAUCCCAGUUCUCCUCAAUGUGCUGCAUAACGUCAUCCCUCCUGCUCUCAACCCCAUGGUGUAUGCAUUUAAGAACAAGGAGCUCAGGGAGAGAUUGUUCAAAGUGUUUAAACUAGACACCAAGGGCGGCUAA